AUGGGCAAGUGUCGUUGUCCCUCAAGCUACACCAUUCCAGCCUACAUCUGGGCCUUUCUAUCCAUAGCAGCUGCUAUCCUCUGCCCCAUUGGAUUAUACUUUCCCAACUGGCUAGUCCGUGAGAGAAGUGGAACAUUCGAUACAGUCUCAUCAUUUAGAGUGUGCCUCAAUGAGACCUCACCAAUCUCAGUUGAGUGCUCAUCCUACCUGAACUUUGAUCAGAUAUUCUCCCCAGAAUGGAAGGCCGUCACACUGCUCAUGGGAGCUGGAGGUUGCUUUCUUGUGCUGGUUGCCCUCACAGCCAUAUUUGGGUUCUGUGUUCGACAACUAUUCAAUUCGGUCGUCAUGAUCUUAUCUCUUAUCUUCCAAGCUCUAGGAACAAUCCUCUUCAUUAUCAGUCUGAUCCUAUUUCCUGCUGGACUGUAUGUUCCUCAAACCAGUGAGCUUUGCGGACUAACCACCUCCCGAUUCAACAUUGGUGAAUGUAGCAUAGGCUGGGCCUACAUCAUUACCAUAGUGGGCACUUUUCUCGCCCUUGUUGCCACGGCAAUGUCCUGGACAACAUAUCGACGGAAAAACAAAGAUGAUGAAGAUGAUGAUAGAGACCCUUACCUAUAAACUUAUGCCAUGCUCACACUGGUUCAUUCACUACGUAUACAUGUAUGUUUUUAAGGCUUAAGUCUCAUUAUUUAAACUUCUUUAUAAUCAUAGUUAUGCGUUAUGAUGUUGUGUAUUUUAAGCACCCUUUUACAGGCAAGAACAGUGUUGACACUCAGCCAGUUUUUAUUCACCAAUUCAUCAGUUUAGCGUUACAUCGCACUUCUUUUAUUUCACCAUUAAAUUUUGUUCUUGUUUGUCUGUUAUACAUGUUCGCUGCUCUACUCUUGUUAUUAUUCUUUGACAAAAUUA